CGCCGUCGCCGGCGGCCAUGGACGCCGCCCCCAGCGAAGACUCCCCAGCGGCGUCCUCUGGCAUGUACUACCGGAGAAAAAAGAAGGCUCCUGACCCCGUCGGUGCUCUUUCACUUCCGGCUGCAAGUAUGGGUCGCAUAUGGGGAUGCGGCAGUGUUAGCAAGGAGGUGGAAAGUUCGUAUGCUCGGAGGCUCCAAUUGCUAAGUUUCCUUUCCACUACUCUGCCUGACCCCACCGGGAGUCACGUGGCGGGUGCUGCAACUAAUUCGACCGAGAGCCCCGUCAGCCAAGAACAGGGGAAUAGCAAAGUGGUAAUAAAUCUUGAUUCAGAUGAUGAAGAUGAAAGCAUUGCAGCGUGCAAGCAACCGGCACCUGAGAAGAGCAAUCAGCUCACGCCUGAGGAAAACAAGCUGCUGAUGCCAUCAGAGCAUGCUGGUACUCUCACGACAUGGCUGGCAACCGAAGCAAAUGAUGAACCAAGUGAGACCAAGCGUGAUGGUGAUGGAGGCCAAACCAGUCAAAUUGUUCCGUAUUGUCAGAGUGCAGCUAUAGUGAAUCAGUAUCCUUUGCCCAGUUAUCAACCGUCAGUGCAGUUUGAGAGAGUUAUAUUGCAGAGAAGACCUGAGGAGGAACGUAUCCAAGAUCUGGCUGUUGCUACCCGUGUGGAGAAGAUAGCAGAAACACAAGUUUUCCCUGCUCUUCCUAAGGAGAGAAAACAAAAGAAAAUUGACCCAAGCUCCCAGCUAGAUGGGGAUGCUGAAACUACGCCAAGAAAAAGAAAAGGAAAAAACAAUGCGAAUCCAGCGGUAUUGGGUUUUCCCUCGGAAACUUGCAAUCCUGUGGAGGAAGAUGAGCCUAUGGAGGAAGAUGAGCCUAUGGAGGAAGAGGAUAAAUCAGAAAAAGAAAGUGAUGGUCUCGAGGAUUUUUGGAAUGACUUCUCAUUGGCUGUAGAAAGCUCUAAGCUUGACACUGUUGAAGAAGUAGCCAAUGAGAAAGAAGUGGGUGAAAAAGAGGUGGACACUGACUGCAAUCAUGACAUACAGAUUCAUGAUGAUCUGGGUCAUGUAUGCCGCGUCUGCGGUAUGAUUGUGAGAAGGGCUGACACGAUCAUUGAUUAUCAGUGGAAAAAGGCAUCAAGGUCAAGAUCUUAUUUCUCUGAAACACGUUCAAAGGAUCCUGACGAGAUUGUCAUUGGUGAUGUUAGAGUCGCUGAAGAACUUCUUGUGUUAGACAUUGCCAUUCAUCCAAGACAUGCAAAGCAAAUGAGACCACAUCAGUUGGCAGGUUUCCACUUUCUGGUUAAGAAUUUAGUCUCUGACAAACCAGGAGGUUGCAUUCUAGCUCAUGCCCCUGGUUCGGGGAAGACAUUCAUGCUCAUUAGCUUCAUUCAGAGCUUCCUGGCAAAGUACCCUUCUGCAAGGCCUCUUGUUAUACUUCCUAAAGGUAUAUUAGGUACAUGGAAGAGGGAAUUUCAACAGUGGCAAGUGGAGGACAUACCACUGUAUGAUUUCUAUUCUGUCAAGGCUGACAAGAGAACAGAUCAAUUGGAAAUCCUCAAAGCUUGGCAAGCCAAACUGAGUAUCUUGCUUGUCGGAUACAAGCAGUUCUCCCGGAUCAUUUGCAGUGAUGGGGGUGGCACCGUCGCAGCUGCAUGCCGUGACAUGUUGCUUCAGGUCCCUAACCUACUGAUAAUGGAUGAGGGCCACACACCUAGGAAUCGGGAGACUGAUGUGCUCGAAUCACUGAGCAGAGUACUAACUCCACGUAAGGUGGUCCUAUCUGGUACACUGUUCCAAAAUCAUGUCUCGGAAGUGUUCAACAUCUUGAACCUUGUACGCCCGAAGUUUCUCAAGACUGAAUCAUCUCGUCCUAUCGUUAAACGUAUAAUGAGUCAAGUAGCCAUAUCAGGUGGCAGGAUUUCAAAACCAGGUGCUGAUAAUGCCUUCACUGACUCAGUAGAACACACCCUGAUGGUGCAUGAUGAGAACUUCACGAGAAAAGCACAUGUCAUUAGAAGUCUCAGAGAACUAACCAAAGACGUGCUUCACUACUACAAGGGUGAUAUCUUAGAUGAUCUACCUGGCCUAGUAGACUUCAGUGUCUUCCUGAAACUCGCUCCCAAGCAGAAAGAACUCGUUCAUAAGUUGGGAGCCUAUGAGAUAUUUAAAAAAGGCGCAGUAGGAACUGCACUAUACAUGCAUCCUUGUCUGUCAGAAAUGUCAGAAGCUGCUGCUGCAGAAAGGGCUGUCAACGAUGCAACUAUUGAUAGUUUGGUCCAGUCCAUGAAUGUGACAGACGGUGUGAAGGCCAGAUUUUUCAUCAAUAUCCUGGCACUUGCAAAUUCUGCAGGAGAGAAGGUGCUUGCUUUCGGUUCAUACAUACUUCCCAUGAAAUUCUUGGAAAGGCUACUGGUCAAGACAAGGGGCUGGCAUGUAGGAAAGGAGAUCUUUGUGAUCUCCGGUGAUACUAGUCAAGAAGAUAGAGAAGUGGCAAUGGAUCAGUUCAACAACUCCGCCGACGCAAGAGUUCUGUUUGGUUCCAUCAGGGCAUGCGGGGAGGGCAUCUCCCUCGUGGGUGCAUCGAGAGUUGUCAUCCUAGAUGUCCACGUGAACCCGUCCGUUACCCGUCAAGCGAUUGGGCGGGCUUUCAGGCCUGGGCAGCAGAAGAAAGUGUUUGUGUACAGGCUCGUAGCCGCCGAUUCUCCGGAGGAAGGCGACCAUGAGAAGGCGUUCAAAAAAGAAGUCAUACCGAAGCUGUGGUUCGAAUGGAGCGAGCAGCACUGCACGUCAGAGGACUUCAAACUGAACAAACUUGAGAUUGAUGACUGCGAAGACGAGCUGCUGGACAACAAUGCGAUGCGCCAGGACAUCAAGGCUCUGUAUAGAAGGUGAAAGCAGGCAGAGGCAGGCUGUUAUGCACCAUGUACAUUGCUCUGAAGGUGUUACAGUUGCUCCUCCGUUGUGAUGGAAAUACCAGGAGUUUGCUGCCAGCAAGGGUUUUCUGUCCAUCUUGCCAUUUUCCUACCCAUGUUUAUGUGGUGACUUGCUCUGUAGCAUGUGCCGACUCUGGACGUUAAUUAGCUAGAGAACCAAUCCUCAUCGCGUUUCUUGUUCCAGACUUCCAGGAUUAGCAGCUAUGCGUGAACACCUUAUCGUGAAACAGUAACCAAAUAAUAUUACUGUUCUUGAUGUCACCCUUGGGUUGGACCUCUUUGUAGGGUUAAAAGUGUUUGCUGCAAACACAAA